UCGUCUGACAGUCAGGUUCCCACUGAUCUUGCAACGUGGUCGGACAACCCUGUAUCCUAAGACGUCAUUGGAUCCGACUCUAGGAAAAUUUUUCAUGAAAAAAAAGUACCAGUCUCAUUCCCAAAAGAACGAUUCAGGAUCCAGUGUGAGCGAUAAAAAAAAAGAAAAGUCCUGUAAGGAUAUCGAGGUUCAGCUGGCUCUUAUCUGAGGAUAAUUGAAUAUCAGGGCGAAGGGACCGGAAGAGAGACAGAGAGAUCGUCCACGUGGGAACCAGUACCACCAGACUAUCAGACGUCUACUAUAGUGAUAAUAUAAGACGCUUCCAAGCUUGUUUGACUUAUAGAAAAUUAGAUACCGGUCCCUCGUCUCAUCUUACCCUGACAAUGGCUACGCGAAGGAACGUCCAAAGGUGUUGUCCAAAGAAGCAGCCUGAGACUAGGGAAAAGUUAAACAUCUACUCCGUAACUCUUUUCCUCUCUAAAAGCAAUCAAUUUCUCUACCGGCGUCAUCCUUGUUGCUUCCCAAAGGUUCAAGGGGCUCCUUCGUCCGAACCAUCGCUGGUUUACGCUUUGGUCUUCUCUCGUCGCAAAUUCUCUCAUCUCUCCCAGUUUACCUUGGAGCCACUGAAUAAUUUAUUCUCACCCCGUACCCGCUCUGCCAUUCGUUUCUGCCUGCAUACUUGGAACAGCCACGAUCAUCCCUUAUCCCACAUAUCCCCACGCCAGGGGAUGAUCUACCAAUGCAUCUGUUACUACUGAUAACACUUCGGCUCACAGUACCUCCCUUUUUUUUCUUCUUUUCUGUAACUCGUUGACCUAGAAAUGCCAUUGAUUGGGAAUGAUUAGACACAACAUUUUUGCUUGGCUGAUCUUGGCAUAUUCUGGGCACGAGGAAGAGGCUGCUGAAUGGAGUUCAUAUUUUUUUUUAUUUUUCAGCGGUCGCUCUGGGUUAUACCAGAGAAUUGUCAGGGACACAAACCACUGUGUUGACAAAAUGCUCGAUUACUCUUGCAUCAAAGGGCAUGUUGAUGGAUGGACCUUUUUUUAAUAUAUCGAUCCUAUAAAUCAUGGGAUUUCGAUCGAUUGACGUAUUUAAUUAAAAUUUGCGAUGUCUACCGUGUAAUUCGAUCUUUUCAACUUUAUUCUCGCAUCAGGAAGAUAUUAGGGGUCGCCGCGAGCGGAAUUGAAAAUCUGCAGGUCAUUCUGGGAGGAACGAGUGCCACUUGAAAUACUGAAUAAUUUAUCUCGCAAUAUACACUGAGAACUGAAGGAUCAAGACGGAAGAAGUACGAGGAGAAAUGAGGCGGACGUGACGUCACAAUGACAUCAUGAAGAGUCUGGUGGGGAUCAUGUGGAUAGUGUUGGUGCUCAUAUCAGGAUGCUCAGGAAAUCCAGACGCAAAGCGACUCUACGACGACCUCCUGUCGAACUACAACAAGCUGGUUCGACCAGUGGUCAACGUCACAGACGCCCUCACCGUUAAGAUCAAGCUCAAACUUUCUCAACUCAUCGACGUGAAUCUGAAGAACCAGAUCAUGACGACGAACCUCUGGGUCGAACAGUCGUGGUACGAUUACAAGCUGAAGUGGGAUCCUAAGGAGUAUGGUGGCGUGGAGAUGCUUCACGUACCAUCCGAUCAUAUAUGGAGGCCCGAUAUAGUUUUGUACAACAAUGCCGACGGGAACUUUGAGGUUACCUUGGCCACCAAAGCGACCCUUAACUAUACUGGAAGGGUAGAGUGGAAACCACCGGCUAUCUACAAGUCUUCCUGUGAAAUUGACGUCGAGUACUUUCCCUUCGACGAGCAGACGUGCGUCAUGAAAUUCGGAUCCUGGACCUACGACGGCUUCCAGGUUGACCUCAGGCACAUCGACGAAGUCCAGGGGAGCAACGUAGUGGAAAUUGGCGUGGACUUGUCGGAAUUUUACACAUCCGUGGAGUGGGACAUACUCGAGGUUCCUGCCGUAAGGAAUGAAAAGUUUUAUACGUGCUGCGACGAGCCCUAUCUGGACAUCACGUUCAAUAUUACCAUGAGAAGGAAGACCCUUUUCUACACAGUUAAUCUCAUAAUACCCUGUAUGGGAAUAUCCUUCCUCACAGUCCUGGUCUUCUACCUGCCGAGCGACAGCGGGGAAAAGGUCAGCCUAUCCAUUUCGAUUCUACUGUCGCUGACUGUGUUCUUCCUUCUGCUGGCUGAAAUUAUUCCACCCACGUCCUUAGUGGUACCGCUUCUUGGCAAGUUCGUCCUCUUCACCAUGAUCCUGGAUACGUUUAGCAUAUGUGUAACUGUGGUAGUUCUCAACGUGCACUUCCGUUCGCCACAGACCCACGUAAUGGCGCCGUGGGUACGUCGCGUUUUUAUUCACGUUCUACCAAGACUACUUGUAAUGCGCAGGCCGCAAUACCAAAUAGACAAACGCAGUAUGGUUGGCCAUCAUAGUCAUAGAGUUAUGGUGAGAACGUGUAAUGGACUCGAAUUACGAGAUCCAUCACUGUUCGUCGAAGCAUCAGCAUCUGAGCUGGUCGAGUCCUCCGUUCUAUUUCCAAGUCUUGAUUCUCGAGAUGAAUUAAAUCCCCGGGAAUUAGAGGCCGUUAAUCUAGGGAGUUCCUGCCGGAUCCAUGGUUCUCCAGCUGCCCCAGCACAGCCUCAGGAACUUCCAACUCAGGAGAGCGUCGACGCUCUUUGCAACAGUCUCCAUCACUGGCAUCACUGCCCAGAACUGUACAAGGCAAUCGAGGGCAUCCGGUUCAUCGCUGAUCACACAAAGAGGGAAGAAGACUCCACUAGGGUGAAGGAAGAUUGGAAGUACGUAGCAAUGGUUCUGGACAGAUUGUUCCUAUGGAUCUUCACUCUUGCUGUGGUCGUCGGUACAGCUGGCAUCAUCCUUCAGGCACCGACUCUCUACGACGAUCGUAUACCGAUUGACGUUCGGCUCUCUGAAAUUGCCACCACCACUGCCAAACCACACAUCGUUACGAGUCUCUGAGGCAUAGCUAUCAUUUCAUAGUCUUCGAAGAGUCACAAUGUUAGCUGAACGAUCGAAAUAACAAAGUCUCGACGAGUCUUCGAUUCUAUUUUUCAUUAUUGAAAAACCAUUCGAAGAAUCGUGCUCUGGCUGUUGUCACCAGAUUGAACGAGGGUUCCAGCGAAGUUAAUUUUUUUUUGUCCGAGCAACCUCAUCGCUCACAAGCCUAAUUCGUAAGCGCGGGCCUAAUGCUCUCUAUGUGCGUCAAGGUAUAUCAGAUAAUACAAGAGAGCGUUGACGGAAAUCACGUGGAAACCUGAAACAUUAAUUCCCGUGAUAUCCGGCGCAGAAAUGGUCUCCCCGUUGUUAACUACCCGUGUCACAAAGUGGACCCUGGACAACAACGUUUUAUCUAAAUGAGGAAAACUUGUUAGCGAAAAUGCCCAAAAUUAGAAAUAAUAGAUUACUCUUUAAAUUAAUACAUUAAAUAACGCUUUUUAUUUUUUAAUAGAACGAUGGUACAGAAAUAGUUCAUUUCAGAAUUAGUUAUUUAGACUGGCUCUAUGACGUUUCUUGUAUUUCAGAGAAUCUCUAGCGGAAUGUAGAGUUGGGUCAAGUUCAGGACGGAUGAUGACGUUUCCAUCAGUGGCAUUCCUCUAUAUGCAUACAUGAACUUGAAGGGGACCACUUUGUCGCGUGUAGCUAGUACGAAUAUAUGAAACUUAAUGUUGCCUGUUGCAGACUCAGGAAGAAAAUCAUUUGUUUCUCAACUCUACAUCGAGCCUGUGGCAAAGGGGCCAUAUUUUCACUGGAAAGACACGCGUUGUCUCUCUCAUACAAUGAAAUUCUAAAUAUCUGCAUCGAUAUGGCGCAGAGGGUCGCGCCUGAAAUAGCCGACCCAACUUUUAUUGCUCAUAUAUGUUUGUAAUAAGACGACAUUCGUAACUGUAUUUGUUCUAUUACCAGUGAAUAUAACGAUCGAUAUUUAUUAAAAAGAAAUUUUAAACAUGAGCGUGUAUGGAAGGAUACUUAUGUUUUACACAGUAUCUCGAGUUAUAUUGCUUCGUUCUUUUGUUACGGUCUUCCGUAAAGUUUGAGAUUUUAUUUUCUUACUAGAAAAAUAUUAGAUAUUAGUUAUUCUCAAAUCUUACAAUUGGUAUACAGUCAGUGUGGAAAAUAUGAGUGGUCACUGUCAAUUGACAGUCACCGAGACAAUGUCCUUUCCUAAAUUCCUCUUGGCUUGCUUGCAAACAAAUUCAUUUUUCUUGUUAAAGUAAUUGACAAUACUGUCUGUUUGUAAUAAAGAGUUAUAAACGAUCCUUAAUGACUCUAUAAAAAAAAAAAUCUGUUUUCCAUUAUCAUCGAUCCCUAUCGUAUUUUCGCUCUGUUUAUCUACGAUGAUGUCACUUUCUCCAGAAAAAAAAUUAUUCACUCGGAAUUUCGAAUCUGUUGCUAAAUACCGCACAACGUUCAUGCGUUCAGUUUUGAUAUGAAAAUGAAUGUUACCGUAUCAACUCUGUGUAAUGGCAGCCAUGAUGGUAAAGAACAAAAAUUAUUUCCAUUUGCGAGGCCAAAAAUAUUGUAUCGAUGACUGAUGAAAACUUGGUGAGAAAUGAGGAAGACAAACGUGGGGGAAAAAGUUGACGGUUUCGUAAAAAUCGUCAGCGUACUAUUAAAGUCAAAGAUUCGUUAAAAAUGAUGUAAUAUAAUUUUGUUGUUUCAUAAAAGUUUACGUAUUAAGAAA